GAGAGGGAGGAAUAAAUCUUUUGAAAAACAAAUCAGAAUGAACGAGGCUAAUGACCCAGAGACUGGCGAGCUGCACUACACACCUCCAAGCAUCUCAGCGCUGUUGAGUCUCCUCCUGAAGAAAAGACGACCAACUGGCCCCUUCAAUGAAGUCUGGCCUAGGCUCUACAUAGGGGAUGCGCACACCGCUCAGGAUAAAGCCUUGCUGCUGAGUCUGGGUGUGACCCACGUUGUGAACGCAGCCGAUGGCCCGGCGCACAUCGACACUGGACCGGGCUUUUACAUGGACACCCGUAUACAGUACCAUGGAGUGGAGGCGCCCGACAGUAAAGACUUUGACCUCAGCCCUUACUACUACCCAACGACAGAUUUCAUACACAGAGGCCUCUCACAAGGCGGUAAAGUGUUUGUGCACUGUGCUCGAGGGAUCAGUCGUUCGGCGGCACUGGUCUUGGCCUACCUCAUGAUCCAGGAGAGGCUGUCGCUGCCCAAGGCAGCAGAGGUCGUCCGCAAACACAGGAACAUCCUCCCCAACGCUGGCUUCCUCAGCCAGCUCUGUUACCUGGACAUGAUCCUAACUCUGGAGAGGAAAUCAGGUCAUCCUUUGAAAAGCUCAAUGCCUGGCAAGAAGAUCAAGCUUCCGAAGCCGCCCGCGCCCACGGCGGAGGUGGAGGAGGAGGACUACGAGACUCCCGGAGGCUACGAGCUGGAGAAGCACCUGACCCAUGGCAGCGUCGCCUACACGCACGUCAAUGAAGUCUGGCCCAACGUCUACAUCGGGGAUGAGGAAACGGCGAGGGAUCGCCUCGGCCUGCAGAAGAAGGGCAUCACCCACGUACUGAACGCUGCUGAGGGGACGUGGAACAGCGUGGACACGGGUGCAGACUACUACAGCGGCAUGAACGUAGACUACUAUGGGAUAGUGGCAGAGGAUAUACCGUCUUUUGACCUGAGUGUGCACUUCUACUCGGCAGCAGAGUAUAUCAACCGUGUCCUAAGCAAUCCAGAGAACAAGCUUCUGGUACAUUGCGUUAUGGGAAGAAGUCGGUCAGCCACACUCUUCCUGGCGUACCUCAUGAUCUACAUGAACAUGACUGUGGUGGACGCCAUUGACAGGGUGAAGAGUUACAGACGCAUUAUUCCCAACUGGGGUUUUCUGAAACAGCUCCGCGAGCUGGACAUGCAUCUCCACGAGCAGCGGAAAGGAGGGGAGGAGGGGAAGACGGAACCCGAGGGAUCUCCCAAGUCUGUCGACAGUGAUGUGCAGAAAACAUAGGAGAGGGGGGCACAGUUUUCCCAAAACCCAUCUGGAAAAAUAAAAUAGAAAAUCACCUCUGUAAUAGAAGUGAUGACAAGUUGAUGGGCAGUGUUUUUUUCCCUUUCAAAAAGUAGUGGCAUAAAUAUUCACUGUCAUUACGAGCCGAGGCAGCUGAAAGAAGUCCCUUUUUCCCUGGACACAAACAAGAUUUUGAUCUUUGCUACCACCCACUUCUGCCGGGCUUUCUUACCCACACAAACCAACACCAUUAGACAGUGAUUCACUCUAUGCAUGUGGGCAGCAGCUUUCAUGCAAGCAGUCAAAUGGGUUCUAAUAAGGACCUCGCUAUCUGACCAAAAAUGGAAGCGUUUAGGGCUUAGUGGCCGAUUAACGCUGAUUACAUCCAGAAUCUGGCAGAUAGUGCGAGACACCAGAAAUCAUUGAAAUACAACCCAAGAACAGCGUGAUCUAAAAAGCCUGCCAGAAAAACACACAGCAAAUGGGCAAUACGGGCAGGAGAAACUGAAGAUGCUUUCAUCGCUCUCUGUGUCUUUUUUCACUCUGUUUGCAUCAAUAAGCAAACGGCAAUCUGGACUCGAUGUGAGACGAUGCAAAUCCAUUAACCGUAUGAGCUAAUCAAAAAGCUCAGGCAGCACACACAUACCACCAAAAUCUACAGAAGGGAAGGAGAAGAGAAUGGAAAAACAGAAGAGAAGUGAAAGUACAUGGUUGAUCAUAAUUUAUUUUACGCUAAAAUGUACAGCAUUUUGCUUUUUAUUCGACUGACUAAGUGAUAACUCAUAAAUACAUGACUUGU